AUGUCGGCCCAAACCGAAGAUGUAUGGUCCGCCCAAGACCAAAACGAAGACUCGCCCCUCCUAGGCCCCGAAGCCGACGCGCCCUCGUCGUCGUCAUCACCAGCAAAGAAGACCAGCGACGGCGACACCUGGCGGUACGACGUAGUCAUGAUGGUCGCAGCCAUCGUCUUCUUCUUGGAAGUCGGCUCGUACAUGACGGUGCCCUCGCGGAACAAGAUCAUGGAGCAGAACAUCUGCCGGGCGCACUACCCGGACCUCGUCGACGACCAGUCGACGCUCGAGGACUCACUGUGCAGGGGGCCCGAGGUCCAGGGCAAGAUUGCGUCGCUGAACGGCUGGACGUACAUGCUGGAAUGCAUCCCGGGUCUUCUCACUGCCAUCCCUUAUGGCGUCGCGACUGACCGGUUUGGUCGGAAGCCUCUACUGGCCAUUGCCCUGUUCGGCUACAUGUUGUAUCUGCUAUGGAUGAUCGUCAUCCUCGCCCUCCCGGCAGUCUUCCCCAUCGAGCUGUACCUGCUCGGGCCCCUAUUCUUAUUCAUAGGGGGGGAGUUGAUGAAUUCCGUGUUUUAUACAAUGGGAGCCGAUGUCGUGCCCGCUGCCAAGAUGGCGGUCGUAUACCUUCAGCUCGGUGCCGUGAGCUUCGGGGGCGAGCUGGUAGGGGCCCAGGUCGGCGGCGUCGCCACAGACAGAGACCCAUGGCUCUCGCUACUGCUCGGCUUCGGCUUGAUCGUGAUAGCUUUCCUGGGCAUCUUUUUGCUGCCGGAAACCAUGCACUUGCGGACAGAAAUGAUUUCUGACGUUGAUUCGCCCAUCCGACUGACCGACGAACCAAGUGAAGACUUGGACGAAGACGCGAGCCCGCGCAAGACCACGAGGGUCCUUCGCGAGGGCUUCGGUCUGAUGAAGGGUCAGUUGAAAGAAGCCGUCACGGUCGUGUAUGGCAACAGCCAUCUGAUGCUGCUGCUCCUCGCGCUCACCUUUGCCAUCGCGGGUAAAUUCAUCUCGAACAUCCUGCUGCAGUACGCAAUGAAGCGGUAUGACAUCAGCUGGGGUAGAGCCGCAGAGCUGGUGUCGCUUCGGAGCGUCUUCGUCAUCAUCUGGCAGUUAGCAGUGCUUCCGAUGGUAAGCUGGCUGCUCGUUACAAAAGCUGGCCUCACGCCCGUGGUCAAGGACCUCUGGCUGGGACGAGGUAGCGUCUUCGGGCUCUCAAUAGGCUCUCUUCUCGUCGCGUUCGCCGCGACGCCCGCUAUGUUGGUCUUCGCUCUCGUCGUGCUCUCGCUCGGCUUCAGCUUCCCCUACAUCAUCCGCAGCGUGCUCAACACAUUGGUGGACGAGCAGUACGUCGGCACUCUGAACGCGACGAUCGGGCUCUGCGAGAAGAUUGGGAUCAUGGUGGCGUCGCCCAUCAUGUCGUCGCUUCUGAAGAAGGGCAUGGAACUUGGGGACGGCUGGAUGGGCCUGCCUUUCUUCUUCGCUGCGGGUGUGUUCUCGGUGUCUGCUCUCAUUGUCUGGGUGUUCCGGUUGCGGCCUGGAGAGCCUCACUGA